AUGCUCCCCAUGAUUGCACGACGAGGGGUCCCCGGACACGGGGCGAGGGUGGCGUCCCAGCUCGGCUCGAGCCGAGCCGUGGGCUCCAUCCCGCGCCUCCAGGCCCAGGUUGCGGACGUCAGCAACGGGCUCGACCAGAGCGUCCUCAGCACGAGCGCCCGUCGUGAUGAAACCCUAACGGUUCACCCGGUCGUGAACUUCACACCACAGAAUUGCGACGAAUUCUGGCGCAAGGUGCCGCUGUGGGAGAAGGUGUCGGCCCGGGAGUUCAUCUCUUAUCGCUGGAGUCUCUACGGUUUUCUGGAGGCUGUUGUUCCCGAAGAGAUCCCGUACGACGAGGCCGGGACUCGGAUGCAGACUCGCAGCGAGUAUAUCCAGGACGUUGAGGACGGCAUAACAGCGGCCACCAUGGCCAUUCGGAUGACUCCGUACAUCUUGAGCCGGAUCAACUGGCGGGACCCGCGACACGACCCAAUCCUGCGCCAAUUUCUCCCUCUCAAGUCGGUGAUGAUGCCGGACCACCCGAAGCUGACACUAGACUCGCUACACGAGGAAGAGGAUUCGCCGGUCCAGGGUCUCGUUCACCGCUAUCCGGACAAGGCGCUGUUUCUCCCAACCUCUGUUUGCCCGACAUAUUGCAUGUUCUGCACCCGAUCAUAUGCGGUGGGGGCCAAUACCGAGACCGUGACCAAGGCAUCCCUGAGACCAACGCGCCGACGUUGGGAGGCGGCGCUGGCAUACAUUGAGAGCCAGCCCGGGCUGCAUGACGUUGUGGUGUCGGGAGGCGACUCUUACUAUCUCAAUCCGGAGCACAUCAGGGAUAUCGGCGAGCGACUGAUCGGCAUGCCGAAUAUUAGACGCUUCCGCUUCGCUUCCAAGGGCCUCGCAGUCGCGCCGGGACGGGUGCUGGACGAGUCUGACGGUUGGGUCAGCGCCGUGAUCGACGUCUCCAACAAGGCCAAGCGGGCCGGAAAGGCGGUGGCGUGGCACACUCACUUCAACCACCCGAACGAGCUGUCAUGGAUCUCGUCGGCAGCCAGCCAGAAGUUGUUUGAGGCGGGCGUCAUGGUGCGCAACCAGACCGUCUUGCUGCGGGGGGUCAACGACGACCUGAAGACCAUGUCGGCCCUGAUUCGAGGGCUCGCUGACAACAACAUAUUCCCGUACUACGUCUACCAGUGCGACAUGGUCAAGAGCGUCGAGCAUCUGCGGACGCCGCUGCAGACCAUCCUCGACCUGGAGGCCAAGAUCCGAGGGUCGAUUGCCGGCUUUAUGAUGCCUCAGUUUGUCGUUGACCUCCCCGGAGGCGGCGGGAAGCGCUUGGCCUGCUCCUUCGAGUCAUACGACCGAACUACAGGCAUCUCCAAGUACACCGCUCCCGCUGUGACCGGGCGCAACAAGGAGAACAGGGUGUACGAGUACUAUGAUCCCAUUGACUCGCUGCCUAAGAACGCGGCAACGUAG